AUGCAAACUCCCUCCUUCACGGCCUGCACAUCCUUUAGUACUACUGAGAGUGCAAGUUUGGAAGCUGAUGAAAAUUGCAUUUUUCUUUCUCUUGGACCAGCUCCUGACGUACACAUCCGGAAGAAUCCAAUCUAUAUUCCCUCGGCCUCUAACCACACUGUGCGUCACCAAACUACAUCUUCUAGUCCUCAUGAUCAGGGUGAUGUAUCAGUAGCCCUUCACGUUGGUCCUCCAUCUGGAUCCAGUUCUAGCAACCCUAAUGACAUCGCUGCACCUGCUGUAGGCCAAUACUGGAUUCCUUCUCCCGCACAGAUCCUUGCUGGCCCAGCACAGUUCUCAUGCACUGUCUGCAACAAAACAUUCAACAGAUACAACAACAUGCAGAUGCAUAUGUGGGGGCAUGGAUCACAAUACCGGAAGGGCCCAGAAUCUUUGAGAGGGUCGAAACCGUCUUCUUCCAUACUGAGACUGCCAUGCUAUUGUUGUGCUGAGGGUUGCAAGAACAAUAUAAAGCAACCAAGGUCAAAGCCAUUGAAAGAUUUCCGGACCCUGCAGACUCAUUACAAGCGAAUGCACGGAGCCAAACCAUACGGGUGCAGAAAAUGUGGAAAAGCAUUCGCUAUCCGAGGGGAUUGGAAGACCCACGAGAAGAAUUGUGGGAAGCUCUGGUUUUGUAUUUGUAGUUCUAACUUCAAACACAAGAGGUCCCUUAAGGACCAUGUUAGGGCAUUUGGAGAAGGUCACGCUCCGCACUCUAUGGAUCAGCUGUGUGAGGGUGAAGAAGAAGAAGAAGCUAAGGAUGACGAAGACAUUGAAAAUGGAGGUCAUGGGUCUGUUUUCUUUUGGAGCAGCUCAACAACCACACUCACUGCAUUUUCGAAUGCAAACUAUGCCAGUUGUCCUGAUGAUCGCAAAUGCACCAGUGGUUAUUGUGUUUACGUUGGCAACAACAUUAUCUCAUGGAGUUCUCGAAAGCAACUCACUGUCUCUCGAUCAAGCACUGAAGCAGAGUAUAAAGCCCUGGCAAACACAACAAUCGAGCUCACCUAG